AUGAGCAAGGACUGCGGCAGCCACGGCGACGACGACCUCCGGCGCUCCUGCCGCCGCCUCCUGGCCAUCCUACUCGUCCUCGUCCUCCUCGUCGCCAUCAUCGCUCUCAUCGUCUACCUGGUCCUCCGCCCCACCCACCCACGCUUCUUCCUGCAAGACGCCUCCCUCCGCCAGCUCGACCUCUCCAACGGCACCUCCUCGUCGGUCCUCUCCACCACGCUCCAGGUGACGGUCGCCUCCCGCAACCCGAACGACAAGGUCGGGGUCUACUACGACCGUCUCGACGUGUACGCCUCCUACAAGUACCAGCAGAUCACGGUGGCGGCGGCGCUGCCCGCCGUGUACCAGGGCCACGGCGACGUCGACGUCUGGUCGCCGGUCCUGUCCGGGCCCGACGUCCCCUUCGCGCCCUACCUCGCCGACGCGCUCCGCCAGGACUGCCAGGCCGGGUACCUGAUUCUGCAGGUCAAGAUCGACGGCCGCGUCCGGUGGAAGGUCGGCAGCUGGAUCUCCGGCCACUACCACCUGUUUGUGACGUGCCCGGCGUUCCUUGUCACUACCGGUGGGAACGGCGCGCCCGGGGCGAGUGGGUUCAAGUUCCAGACCGCCACUUACUGCCACGUCGAGGUCUAG